AUGAAGUUCUUAUCGACUGCCUUCUCGGCCAUGUUUCUCUUCGAACUCGCACUCGCGCAGGUCUCUGGCCAGGCAACAUGUUACUUUGCAAACGGAACCGCAACACCAAAAACACCAGACUAUCUCCAGUACCAAGCUUGCAGCGGAAGCGCAAUCUGCUGUGGAUUGAACCGUUCCAACCCGUCAAACGGUGAUCCAGCCAAGGGCUUCACGAAAGACGAAUGUCUGCCAAACGGUCUGUGCCAGAACAGAGUGACAGAGAACGGGGUCGGAAAGGUGUCAUAUUGGGUGGAUUUCUGCACCAACAGUGACGUCUCUGGGGGCGGCUGUCUAGACGUCUGUCAUGAAACGAAGAACGCGUUUGGAAACACGGCAUUGACACCUUGCGACGGAACCGCUACCAGCGAUCGUUGGUGCUGCGGCGGAAAAACUGACUGCUGCACAUCUAACGUUGGCGUUGUCCAACUCGCCCAGGUAUUGGGUGGCAGCUUAUCAAGUAUCGUAAGCGCAUCGAGGAGCUCGACGAUUCCGAGCUCGGCAGAAAGUUUUCGUGCAGCGGCAACAGAAUCGUCGACUUCCCCGGCAUCUGCGGACGCAUCGUCUACGCCAUCAUCUACCGGCGCCGCUUCUGGACCAAACUCAUCUUCCAGUUCAUCCUCAGGCUCCGGCUCGAAGCUGUCUGGCGGUGCCAUAGCUGGGAUCGUCAUCGGCGCGCUAGCCGGCGUGGCCUUGCUCGCAGCAGCCAUCUUCUUUGCCCGCCGAGCAGCAAUGUGGAAGAAGAAGGCGUCAGCUACCCCUGAGACAGGCGUAGUCCCGCCGUACACACAACACACCAACGGUUACGGAUCAGCGGGAGCAUACGACACGCCUACGAGCGACAAGUAUGCGCAUGCUAAUCAAGGGGAGAUGUACGGGAGCGGGCUGCCACAUGAGCUUCCUGGAGGGGCGAUGGACAGUGAGCUGCCUGCACAGGACUCCCCGAAGAAGUGA